CCGCCCCCCUGUGUUGUCGCCUCUCCCUCUCGCUGCUUCACUUACGGGGCGAACAUGGCGCACAGCUGUCGGUGGCGCUUCCCCGCCCGACCCGGGACCACCGGGGGCGGUGGCGGCGGGGGGCGCCGGGGCCUAGGGGGCGCCCCGCGGCAACGCGUCCCGGCCUUGCUGCUUCCCCCCGGGCCCCCGGCCGGCGGUGGCGGCCCCGGGGCGCCCCCCUCCCCCCCGGCGGUGGCGGCGGCGGCGGGAAGCAGCGGGGCUGGGGUUCCAGGGGGAGCGGCCGCCGCCGCCUCAGCAGCCUCUUCGUCGUCUGCCUCGUCUUCGUCUUCGUCAUCGUCCUCAGCCUCCUCAGGGCCGGCCCUGCUCCGGGUGGGCCCGGGCUUCGACGCGGCGCUGCAGGUCUCGGCCGCCAUCGGCACCAACCUGCGCCGGUUCCGGGCAGUGUUUGGGGAGAGCGGCGGGGGAGGCGGCAGCGGAGAGGAUGAGCAGUUCUUAGGUUUUGGCUCAGAUGAAGAAGUCAGAGUACGAAGCCCCACAAGGUCUCCUUCAGUUAAAACUAGUCCUCGAAAACCUCGCGGGAGACCUAGAAGCGGUUCUGACCGAAACUCGGCUACCCUCCCAGACCCGUCUGUGUUUCCCUCACUAAGUAAAUCAGAGACCAAACCUGCAGAGAAAAUCAAGAAGAAAGAUUCUAAAAGCAUAGAAAAGAAGAGAGGAAGACCUCCCACCUUCCCUGGGGUAAAAAUCAAAAUCACACCUGGAAAGGACAUUUCAGAGUUAACAAAAGGAAGCAAAGAAGAUAGUCUGAAAAAAAUUAAACGGACCCCUUCUGCUAUGUUCCAGCAAGCCACAAAGAUUAAGAAAUUAAGAGCAGGUAAACUCUCUCCUCUCAAGUCUAAGUUUAAGACAGGGAAGCUCCAACUAGGAAGGAAGGGGGUACAGAUUGUAAGACGGCGAGGAAGGCCGCCUUCCACAGAACGGAUAAAGACCCCGUCAGGUCUCCUCCUUAACUCUGAACUGGAAAAGCCCCAGAAGGUCCGGAAAGACAAGGAAGGGACCCCCCCACUCACGAAAGAAGACAAGACCGCGGUGAGACAGAGCCCUCGAAGGAUUAAACCGGUCAGGAUUAUUCCUUCUUCUAAAAGGACCGAUGCCGCCAUCGCUAAGCAGCUCUUGCAGAGGGCAAAGAAGGGGGCGCAGAAGAAAAUCGAGAAGGAAGCAGCCCAGCUGCAGGGGAGGAAGGUGAAGACGCAGGUCAAAAACAUCCGGCAGUUCAUCAUGCCUGUGGUCAGCGCCAUCUCCUCGAGGAUCAUCAAAACCCCCCGACGCUUCAUAGAGGAUGAGGAUUACGACCCUCCGAUUAAAAUUCCGCGACUAGAAUCCACACCAAACAGUAGAUUCAGCGCCACGUCCUGUGGAUCUUCUGAAAAGUCCAGUGCAGCUUCCCAGCACUCCUCUCAGAUGUCCUCGGACUCCUCCCGAUCCAGCAGUCCCAGCAUCGACACCACCUCAGAUUCUCAGGCCUCUGAGGAGAUCCAGGCACUUCCUGAGGAGCGGAGUAACACCCCUGAAGUUCAUACUCCACUGCCUAUUUCCCAGUCCCCAGAAAAUGAGAGCAGCGAUAGGAGAAGCAGACGGUAUUCCAUGUCAGAGAGAAGCUUUGGAUCUAGAACAGCUAAAAAAUUACCAACUCUACAAAGUGCCCCACAGCAGCAGACCUCCUCCUCACCACCUCCGCCCCUCCUCACUCCCCCCCCUCCACUGCAGCCAGCCUCCAGCAUCUCUGACCACACGCCCUGGCUUAUGCCUCCGACCAUCCCCUUAGCUUCACCGUUUUUGCCUCCUUCUGCUGCUCCCAUGCAAGGGAAGCGGAAAUCUAUUUUGCGGGAGCCAACAUUUAGGUGGACUUCUUUAAAGCAUUCGAGGUCAGAGCCACAGUACUUUUCCUCAGCAAAGUAUGCCAAAGAAGGUCUGAUUCGCAAACCGAUAUUUGAUAAUUUCCGACCCCCUCCACUAACUCCCGAGGAUGUUGGCUUCGCUUCUGGUUUUUCCGCGUCUGGUACUGCCGCUUCAGCCCGGUUGUUUUCACCACUCCACUCUGGCACAAGGUUUGAUAUCCACAAAAGGAGCCCCAUUCUGAGAGCUCCAAGAUUUACUCCAAGUGAGGCACACUCUAGAAUAUUCGAGUCUGUGACCUUGCCUAGUAAUCGAACUUCUGCUGGAGCAUCCUCUUCGGGAGUAUCUAAUAGAAAGAGGAAAAGGAAAGUGUUUAGUCCCAUUCGGUCUGAACCAAGGUCACCCUCUCACUCCAUGAGGACAAGAAGCGGAAGGCUUAGUACUUCUGAGCUGCCACCUCUCACUCCCCCGUCUUCUGUCUCCUCCUCAUUAAGCAUUCCUGUUAGUCCUCUUGCCGCUAGUGCCUUAAACCCAACUUUUACUUUUCCUUCUCAUUCCCUAACUCAGUCUGGGGAAUCGACAGAGAAAACUCAGAGACCAAGGAAGCAGACCAGUGCUCCGGCUGAGCCGUUCUCAUCGGAUAGCCCGACUCUCUUCCCGUGGUUCACCCCAGGCUCGCAGACUGAGAAGGGGAGGACCAGAGACAAGGCCCCGGAGGAGCUGUCCAAAGAGCGGGACGCUGACAAGAGCAGCGUGGAGAAGGAUAAGAGCCGCGAGCGAGACCGGGAAAGAGAGAAGGAGAAUAAGCGCGAGUCGAGGAAAGAGAAGAGGAAAAAGGGCUCAGAAAUGCAGAGUAGCUCUGCUUUGUAUCCUGUGGGCCGGGUUUCCAAAGAGAAGGUUGCUGGAGAAGAUGUUGGCACUUCAUCUUCUGCCAAAAAAGCAGCGGGGCGGAAGAAGUCUUCAUCGCUCGAUUCUGGGACCGAUAUUGCUUCUGUGACUCUUGGGGAUACAACAGCUGUCAAAACCAAAAUACUUAUAAAGAAAGGGAGAGGAAAUCUGGAAAAAACCAACCUGGACCUCGGCCCAACUGCCCCAUCCCUGGAGAAGGAGAAAACCCUCUGCCUUUCCACUCCUUCAUCUAGCACUGUUAAACAUUCCACUUCCUCCAUAGGCUCCAUGUUGGCUCAGGCAGACAAGCUUCCAAUGACUGACAAGAGGGUUGCCAGCCUCCUAAAAAAGGCCAAAGCCCAGCUCUGCAAGAUUGAGAAGAGUAAGAGCCUCAAGCAAACUGACCAGCCCAAAGCACAGGGUCAAGAAAGUGAUUCAUCAGAAACCUCUGUGCGAGGACCCCGGAUUAAACACGUCUGCAGAAGAGCUGCUGUUGCCCUUGGCCGGAAACGAGCUGUGUUUCCUGAUGACAUGCCCACCUUGAGUGCCUUACCAUGGGAAGAACGAGAAAAAAUUUUGUCUUCCAUGGGAAAUGAUGAUAAGUCAUCCAUUGCUGGCUCAGAAGAUGCUGAACCUCUUGCUCCACCCAUCAAACCAAUUAAGCCUGUCACCAGAAACAAGGCUCCCCAGGAGCCUCCAGUGAAGAAAGGGCGGCGAUCGAGGCGGUGUGGGCAGUGCCCCGGCUGCCAGGUGCCUGAGGACUGUGGUGUUUGCACUAAUUGCUUGGACAAGCCCAAGUUUGGUGGCCGCAAUAUAAAGAAGCAGUGCUGCAAGAUGAGAAAAUGUCAGAACCUCCAGUGGAUGCCUUCCAAAGCUUACCUACAGAAGCAGGCUAAAGCUGUGAAAAAGAAAGAGAAGAAGUCUAAGACCACUGAAAAGAAAGAGAACAGAGAGAGCACUGUUGUGAAGAGCUCGGUGGACUCUGGUCAGAAGGCUACCCCACCAGCACGGGAGGAGUCUGCCCCAAAGAAGAGCAGCAGUGAGCCCCCACCCCGCAAGCCCGUGGAAGAAAAGAGUGAGGAAGGGAACGCCCCUGCGCCCGCACCUGAACCCAAACAGGUCACCACUCCAGCUUCCCGGAAAUCCAGCAAGCAGGUCUCCCAGCCAGCCCCGGUCAUCCCCCCUCAGCCACCCAGCACAGCAGCACCGCAGAAGAAAGAAGUUCCCAAGACCACUCCAAGUGAGCCCAAGAAAAAGCAGCCUCCACCGCCAGAACCAGGUCCAGAGCAGAGCAAGCAGAAAAAAGUGGCCCCCCGCCCAAGUAUCCCUGUGAAACAGAAACCAAAAGACAAGGAGAAGCCACCUCCAGUAAAUAAGCAAGAGAAUGCAGGCACUUUGAACAUCCUCAACCCUCUUUCGAAUGGCAUCAGUUCUAAGCAGAAAAUCCCAGCAGAUGGAGUCCACAGGAUCAGAGUGGACUUUAAGGAAGAUUGUGAAGCAGAAAAUGUGUGGGAGAUGGGAGGCUUAGGAAUCUUGACUUCGGUCCCCAUAACACCGAGAGUAGUUUGUUUUCUGUGUGCCAGUAGUGGGCACGUAGAGUUUGUGUAUUGCCAAGUGUGUUGCGAACCCUUCCACAAGUUUUGUUUAGAGGAAAAUGAGCGCCCCCUGGAGGACCAGCUGGAAAACUGGUGUUGUCGCCGCUGUAAAUUCUGCCAUGUUUGUGGAAGGCAGCAUCAGGCCGCCAAGCAGCUACUGGAGUGUAACAAGUGCCGAAACAGCUAUCACCCUGAGUGCCUGGGACCAAACUACCCCACCAAACCCACGAAGAAAAAGAAAGUGUGGAUCUGCACCAAGUGUGUCCGCUGCAAGAGCUGUGGGUCCACGACUCCAGGCAAAGGGUGGGAUGCACAGUGGUCUCAUGACUUCUCACUGUGCCAUGACUGUGCCAAACUCUUUGCUAAAGGAAACUUCUGCCCUCUCUGUGACAAGUGCUACGACGAUGAUGACUAUGAGAGCAAGAUGAUGCAGUGCGGGAGGUGCGACCGCUGGGUCCACUCCAAGUGCGAGAGCCUCUCAGAUGAGAUGUACGAGAUUCUGUCUAACCUGCCAGAGAGCGUGGCCUACACGUGUGUGAACUGCACCGAGCGGCACCCAGCAGAGUGGCGACUGGCCCUGGAGAAGGAACUGCAGGCGUCUCUGAAGCAGGUUCUCACCGCCUUGUUGAAUUCCCGGACUACCAGUCACUUGCUUCGCUACCGCCAGGCUGCCAAGCCGCCAGACUUAAACCCUGAGACGGAGGAGAGCAUCCCUUCCCGAAGCUCCCCAGAAGGGCCAGAUCCUCCGGUUCUUACUGAGGUCAGCAAACAGGAUGAACAGCAGCCGCUAGACCUGGAGGGAGUCAAGAGGAAAAUGGACCAGGGCAACUAUGUGUCCGUGUUGGAGUUCAGUGAUGAUAUUGUGAAGAUCAUUCAAGCAGCCAUUAAUUCAGAUGGAGGGCAGCCAGAAAUUAAAAAAGCCAACAGCAUGGUCAAGUCUUUCUUUAUUCGGCAAAUGGAGCGGGUUUUUCCUUGGUUCAGUGUCAAAAAGUCCAGAUUUUGGGAGCCAAAUAAAGUAUCAAACAACAGUGGGAUGUUACCCAACGCAGUGCUUCCGCCUUCACUUGACCAUAAUUAUGCUCAGUGGCAGGAGCGAGAGGAGAACAGCCACACUGAGCAGCCUCCUCUAAUGAAGAAAAUCAUUCCAGCUCCCAAACCCAAAGGCCCUGGAGAACCCGACUCACCCACGCCUCUGCAUCCGCCUACACCACCAAUCUUGAGUACUGAUAGAAGUCGAGAAGACAGUCCAGAGCUGAAUCCACCCCCGGGCAUAGAUGACAACAGACAGUGUGCACUGUGUCUCAUGUAUGGGGAUGACAGUGCAAAUGAUGCUGGCCGCUUGCUGUACAUUGGCCAAAAUGAGUGGACACAUGUGAACUGUGCCUUGUGGUCCGCAGAAGUGUUUGAAGACGAUGAUGGCUCACUGAAGAACGUGCACAUGGCUGUGAUAAGGGGCAAGCAGCUGAGGUGUGAAUUCUGCCAGAAGCCAGGAGCCACCGUGGGCUGCUGUCUCACAUCCUGCACCAGCAACUACCAUUUCAUGUGUUCCCGAGCCAAGAACUGCGUCUUUCUGGAUGACAAAAAAGUGUAUUGUCAGCGGCAUCGGGAUUUGAUCAAAGGCGAGGUGGUUCCUGAGAAUGGAUUUGAAGUUUUUAGAAGAGUGUUUGUAGAUUUUGAAGGAAUCAGCUUGCGAAGGAAGUUCCUCAAUGGCUUGGAACCAGAAAACAUCCACAUGAUGAUUGGCUCGAUGACGAUCGACUGUCUGGGGAUUCUGAAUGACCUCUCUGACUGUGAAGAUAAGCUCUUUCCUAUCGGAUACCAGUGUUCCCGGGUGUAUUGGAGUACCACCGAUGCUCGCAAGCGCUGUGUGUACACCUGCAAGAUCGUGGAGUGCCGGCCGCCCGUUGUGGAGCCAGAUAUCAACAGCACAGUUGACCACGACGACAACAGGACCAUCGCGCACAGCCCACCCUCGUUUAUAGAAUCUUCAUGUAAGGACAGUCAAAGUACAGCGGCCAUUCUACGUCCUCCGUCCCCAGACCGACCUCAUGCACAGACCUCAAGCUCCUGCUAUUACCAUGUCAUCUCAAAGGUCCCUAGGAUUCGAACACCCAGCUACUCCUCUACACAGAGGUCCCCUGGUUGCCGGCCGUUGCCUUCUGCAGGAAGUCCUACCCCAACCACUCAUGAAAUCGUCACAGUAGGCGAUCCUCUGCUCUCCUCUGGUCUUCGGAGCAUUGGCUCCAGGCGGCAUAGUACUUCUUCCUCGUCACCCCUGCGGUCCAAGCUCCGGAUAAUGUCUCCACUGAGAACUGGGAGUGUCUACUCCAGGAAUAGUGUUUCCUCAGUCUCCACCCUUGGGACUGCUGCAGAUCCCGGGUCAAGUGCCAAAGCAACUGACCGUGCCGUAGGGCCGCUGAACUCCAGUGCUAAUGUAGGGCAGGGCACUCCCGCCGCCGCCACCGCCGCCUCAGGUUCACAAAGGACAGUGGUCCCCGGAGGCUCCAAAUCCAGUCAUUUGGAUGGGUCUUCAUCCUCAGAAGUAAAGCGCUCCAGUGCUUCAGACUUGGCACCCAAGGGCUCCUCGUUAAAGGGAGAGAAAAACAGAACUGUGAGUUCCAAGAGCUCAGAUGGGUCUGCACAUAACACAGCUUACUCUGGAAUCCCUAAGCUGGUAGCACAGGUUCAUAACACCGCUCCCGGAGAAGUCAGCGUUAGUAAGAUGGGCACUUUUGCUGAACCCUCGUCAGUGCCAUUUUCUUCUAAAGAGACUCUCUCCUACCCACAGCUCCACUUGAGGGGGCAAAGGAAUGAUCGAGACCAGCACACAGAUUCUACCCAGUCAGCAAAGCCCUCUCCAAAUGAAGAUGGUGAAAUCAAAACCUUAAAGCUUCCUGGUGUGAGCCACAGGCCAUCCAUUCUUCAUGAACAUGUUGGGUCUAGUUCCAGAGACAGGAGACAGAAAGGGAAAAAGGCUUCUAAAGAGACUUGCAAAGAGAAGCAUUCCAGUAAAUCCUCUUUGGAACCCGGUCAGAUAACGACUGGUGAGGAAGGAAAACUAAAGCCAGGCUUUGCUGACGCGGUUUUGACUCCUGGGUUUCUGGGGCAACGGCCAUGUAAUAAUGUUUCAUCUGAUAAAAUUGGGGAUAAAGUCCUUCCUAUUCCAGGAGUCCCUAAAGGUCAAUCCACACAAGUAGAAGGAUCUUCCAAGGAGUUACAGGCACCCCGGAAAUGCUCCGUCAAAGUGACACCUCUGAAAAUGGAAAGUGAGAAUCAAUCCAAAAGUUCCACAAAAGAAAGCGGCCCUGGCUCUCCUGUACAAAUAGAGCCAGCAUGUCCGGUAGAACUAGUUUCAGCUUCCAGAAGUCCAGGAGCUGGCCCAGGGGUUCAGCCGGGCCCCAACAAUACCUCAUCCCAAGACCCUCAGAGUAACAACUAUCAGAAUCUUCCAGAACAGGACAGAAACCUGAUGAUUCCAGAUGGCCCCAAACCUCAGGAGGAUGGCUCUUUUAAGAGGCGGUAUCCCCGCCGCAGUGCACGUGCACGGUCUAAUAUGUUCUUUGGGCUCACCCCACUCUAUGGAGUCAGGUCUUACGGGGAAGAGGACCUUCCGUUCUACAGCAGUUCUACUGGGAAAAAGCGAGGAAAGAGAUCAGCGGAAGGGCAGGUGGAUGGGGCGGACGACCUGAGCACUUCAGAUGAAGACGACGUGUACUAUUACAACUUCACCAGAACCGUCAUUUCUUCGGGUGGUGAGGAGCGACUGGCACCCCAUAAUUUAUUUCGGGAGGAGGAACCAUGUGAUCUUCCAAAAAUUUCCCAAUUGGAUGGUGUGGAUGACGGGACCGAGAGUGAUACGAGUGUCACUGCCACGACCAGGAAAAGCAGCCAGAUUCCAAAAAGAAAUGGUAAAGAAAACGGAACAGAAAACUUAAAGAUUGACCGACCUGACGAGGCUGGGGAAAAAGAGCAUGUCAUUAAGAGUGCUGUUGGCCAUAAAAACGAGCCAAAGUUGGACAACUGCCACUCUGUAAGCAGAGUGAAAGCACAGGGCCAGGACUCCUUGGAAGCUCAGCUCAGCUCUUUGGAGUCAAGCCGCAGAGUCCACACAAGUACCCCCUCAGACAAAAACUUGCUGGACACCUACAACACAGAGCUCCUGAAAUCUGACUCUGACAAUAACAACAGCGAUGACUGUGGAAACAUCCUGCCUUCGGACAUCAUGGACUUUGUACUGAAGAACACUCCGUCCAUGCAGGCUCUGGGGGAGAGUCCAGAGUCGUCAUCUUCGGAACUCCUGACUCUGGGUGAAGGGCUGGGUCUUGACAGUAAUCGGGAAAAGGAUAUGGGUCUCUUUGAAGUGUUUUCUCAGCAGCUGCCCGCGACAGAGCCUGUGGACAGCAGUGUCUCCUCUUCCAUCUCAGCAGAGGAGCAGUUUGAGCUGCCUCUCGAGCUGCCGUCUGAUCUCUCUGUCCUGACCACCCGGAGUCCCACUGUCCCCAGCCAGAAUCCCAGUAGAUUGGCCGUAAUCUCAGAUUCAGGGGAGAAACGAGUGACCAUGACAGAAAAGUCUGUAGCGUCUACUGAGGGUGACCCGGCACUGUUGAGUCCGGGGGUAGACUCCACUCCUGAAGGCCACAUGACUCCUGAUCAUUUCAUCCAAGGACACAUGGACGCAGAUCAUAUCUCCAGCCCUCCCUGUGGUUCAGUGGAACAAGGUCAUGGCAACAAUCAGGAUUUAACUAGAAACAGUAGCACCCCUGGCCUUCAGGUACCUGUUUCCCCUACUGUUCCCAUCCAGAACCAGAAGUAUGUGCCCAAUUCUACUGAUAGCCCUGGCCCAUCUCAGAUCUCUAAUGCAGCUGUGCAGACCACUCCACCCCACCUGAAACCAGCCACUGAGAAACUCAUUGUUGUUAACCAGAACAUGCAGCCACUUUAUGUUCUCCAAACUCUUCCAAAUGGAGUGACCCAAAAAAUCCAAUUGACCUCUCCUGUUAGUUCUGCACCCAGUGUGAUGGAGACAAAUACUUCGGUAUUGGGGCCCAUGGGAAGUGGGCUCACCCUAACUGCAGGACUAAAUCCAAGCUUGCCACCUUCUCAGUCUCUGUUCCCUCCUGCUAGCAAAGGAUUGCUCUCCAUGCCUCAUCACCAGCACUUACAUUCCUUCCCUGCAGCUGCUCAAAGCAGCUUCCCACCUAACAUCAGCAGCCCUCCGUCAGGCCUACUUAUUGGGGUUCAGCCUCCUCCAGAUCCCCAACUUUUGGGUUCAGAAGCCAACCAGAGGACAGACCUCACUACCACAGUAGCCACUCCAUCCUCUGGACUCAAGAAAAGACCCAUAUCUCGUCUGCACACUCGAAAGAAUAAAAAACUUGCUCCCUCUAGCGCCCCUUCCAACAUUGCCCCUUCUGAUGUGGUUUCUAACAUGACACUGAUUAAUUUCACACCCUCCCAGCUUUCAAACCAUCCCAACCUGUUAGAUUUGGGGUCACUUAACACUUCAUCUCACCGAACUGUCCCCAACAUCAUCAAAAGAUCUAAAUCUGGCAUCAUGUAUUUUGAACAGGCACCCCUGUUACCACCACAGAGUGUGGGCGGAACCACUGCCACAGUGGCGGGCACAUCAACGAUAAGCCAGGAUACUAGCCACCUCACAUCUGGGCCUGUGUCUGCCUUGGCAUCCGGUUCCUCUGUCUUGAAUGUGGUAUCCAUGCAAACUACAACAGCCCCUACAAGUAGUGCAUCAGUUCCAGGACAUGUCACCCUGUCCAACCAGAGGUUGCUUGGGACCCCAGACAUUGGCUCAAUAAGCAAUCUUCUAAUCAAAGCCAGCCAGCAGAGCCUGGGCAUUCAGGACCAGCCCCUGGCUUUACCACCAAGUUCAGGAAUGUUCCCACAACUGGGGGCAUCACAGACUCCUUCCGCGGCAGCAGUGACAGCAGCAUCUAGCAUCUGUGUGCUCCCCUCCCCUCAGACUACGGGCAUGACGGCCGCAUCCCCUUCCGGGGAGGCCGAGGAGCACUAUAAGCUGCAGCAAGUGAACCAGCUCCUAGCUGGCAAAACCAGCAUCCUCUCUUCACAGCGGGAACGGGAUCCCGACUCUGCUUCGGGGACCCAGCCAUCCAACUUCACCCAGACGCCAGAUGCUCCUAACGGUGUGAGGCCAGAGCCGAGCAAGGCUUUACCCUCAGCUAAGCAAGCCAGCUCCUCCUCUCCGGGGAGUGCCCCAUCCUCUGGUCAGCAGUCAGCAAGUUCCUCAGUGCCGGGUACCACUAAACCAAAACCAAAAGUCAAAAGGAUUCAGUUGCCCCUAGACAAAGGGAACGGCAAGAAGCACAAAGUCUCCCAUUUGCGGUCCAGUUCUUCUGAAGCACACAUUCCAGACCAAGACGCCAACCCGGCGCCCCAGCCCCCAGCCACACGGACUCCUAGAGCUGACAGGGAGCAGCAGGAUGCAGCUGGCAUGGAGCAGCCUUCACAGAAGGAGUGUGGGCAGCCUGUGGGACCAGUGGCUGCUCUUCCAGAGAUUCAGGCAACAAAUCCAGCAAGUGAGCAAGAAAAUUCAGAACCUAAAGCGGUGGAGGAGGAGGAGAGCAGCUUCAGCUCUCCGCUGAUGCUCUGGCUCCAGCAGGAACAGAAGAGGAAGGAGAGUAUCACUGAGCAGAAGCCCAAGAAAGGACUUGUGUUUGAGAUUUCAAGCGAUGACGGUUUUCAGAUCUGUGCGGAAAGUAUUGAAGAUGCAUGGAAGUCACUGACAGAUAAAGUCCAGGAGGCCCGAUCGAAUGCCCGUCUGAAGCAGCUCUCCUUUGCAGGUGUGAACGGUUUGAGGAUGCUCGGGAUUCUCCAUGACGCGGUUGUGUUCCUGAUUGAGCAGCUGUCUGGUGCCAAGCACUGUCGGAAUUACAAAUUCCGUUUCCACAAACCGGAAGAGGCCAAUGAGCCCCCCUUGAACCCUCACGGCUCAGCCAGGGCUGAGGUCCACCUGAGGAAGUCGGCAUUUGACAUGUUUAACUUCCUGGCUUCUAAACAUCGACAGCCUCCUGAAUACAACCCUAACGAUGAGGAAGAGGAAGAGGUACAGCUGAAGUCUGCCCGGAGGGCAACAAGCAUGGAUCUCCCGAUGCCCAUGCGUUUCCGGCACUUAAAAAAGACUUCGAAGGAGGCAGUCGGUGUCUACAGGUCUCCCAUCCACGGGCGCGGUCUUUUCUGUAAGAGAAACAUCGAUGCAGGUGAGAUGGUGAUUGAGUAUGCUGGCAAUGUCAUCCGCUCCAUCCAAACUGACAAGCGGGAGAAAUACUACGACAGCAAGAACCCAUGUGGUAGAGGGGAAGACCUGACUCGUGAAAGUUGUCCUCGGGCCCCCACCCACGUCCUAAAGCUCUUGAAAGAAAGAGGCAUUGGUUGCUACAUGUUCCGAAUCGAUGACUCGGAGGUAGUGGAUGCCACCAUGCAUGGGAAUGCCGCCCGCUUCAUCAAUCACUCCUGUGAGCCUAACUGCUACUCUCGGGUCAUCAAUAUCGAUGGGCAGAAGCACAUAGUCAUCUUCGCCAUGCGUAAGAUCUACCGAGGGGAGGAGCUCACCUAUGACUACAAGUUCCCCAUCGAGGAUGCCAGCAACAAGCUGCCCUGCAACUGUGGCGCCAAGAAAUGCCGGAAGUUCCUGAACUAAUGCUGCUCGUCUUCCUGUGAUGGAGUGCCAGGACCCAGGGCCACCCAAAGCCAUGCUGAAGGAUUUCCCAGCAGCCAGGAGCUCCAGGAUUGAGCGGGCAGUUGAGGGUCCUCUGGCCGAGCACCCUGGUGUCCCACAUUCACAUCAUGUGAUCAUAGUGAGAGAGGGGGGUCUCAAAGAAAAAACCACGGUUGGCUUUCUCCUGGGGCCUUGUGUUUGUUGUGAAGUGUGGGACACGGGCUUCCGGGAGACUGACCCGGAAGGAGCGUGCGUGGAGAGGGUUUCGUACAGGAGGAGAUGGGAUCUGAGCAUGUCCUCAGAGCAUUUGUCGUCCUCGCCUCAGCCCUCGCCCUGUGAGCGAUGGUCAGAUAAGGCCCCAGAUACAGGGCUGGGGGGAUACCUGGUAGUUUACCAGUCAGGCCUGGCCUGCGGCCAUCUGUUCACAGACAGACGGUCUGGUGGUUUUCCCUACGACUUGUGAGUUCACUUUGGUUGGGAGACAGGUUUCCUAGCACCUCUGGUGUCAAAAGGCUGUCUUGGGGUUGUGCCAAUUAAUUACCAAACAUUGAGCCUGUGGCUGUAAGUGGGAGUGUUACCUGUGAGCCUUACCGCAGCCAGUGACCUUUCUUGACGAUAGGAGCGGCUCCCUCUCCAUCCCUCCUUCCCCUCCUCCUCCACUCCUCCAUCCUUCAUCUGCUGCUUUCCCAUUCUUCUUUCUGGGUGGCAGGGCUUAGCUCCCUGCUCAAGGACACUCCCUAUUGGGGAUAGGAAGUGCCUACAGAAAGUCCCCUGAGCCUGUAAGCACUCCAGGGGGGGAAGUGGACAGGAGCCAUUGGCCAUAACCAGACAGAAUUCCGAGAUCUCAUAAAGCUCCACUGGGAGUUUUAAAGUGAUAUAUGUAGCAAGGUUUUUUUUUUUUUUUUUUUAAGCAAGCUAAAGAUAAUUUAAAUAGGAUCUGAGUCAUGCAGCAGCCAGAGUACAGUAACCGGGAUAAGCCCCAGCCCCUUCCUAGGACAGGCUUACUUUCUUUUCCCUUUCUUAAAAGACAUAGGAUGAUUAAUUUCCAAAUGGUCAGUGUCCAGCCAAAAGAACACUAAUGAGAUCUCAAGGCCCCAGACUUAGGGGACUAGGCCUCCCGAGCUGAGGGGCCUCUGCCAGCUGUGUGCCGCCUGGCUGAGCAGAUUGAAUGGCACUACUGCCCCGGUUACUUGUGGACAAGCAGCAGCCAAUGUUUCUUUCCUCCCCACGCUAGUGUCUUGAACCUGUUCAAUUAAGUCAUUGGAUUUUGCUCUGUUCUGUUUACAGUUUACUAUUUAAGGUUUUAUAAAUGUAAAUAUAUUUUGUAUAUUUUUCUAUGCGAAGCACUUCAUAGGGAGAAGCACUUAACGACGAGGCUAUUUUUUAAACCGUGGUAUUAUCCUAAUUUAAAAGAAGACCGGUUUUUAAUGAUUUUUUAUUUUCAUAGGAUGAAGUUAGAGAAAAUAUUCAGCUGUCCACACAGAGUCUGGUUUUUCCUGCCCAGCUUCCCCCUGGAAGGUGUACUUUUUGUUGUUCCAUGUGUAGUUUGUUCGUGCCCGUUGACCUAGAUGUUCCCUGGCUCUGCUCUUUACGAUAAUGGAGAAGGAAGGUCACCCGCUCCGUUAGGCACUGCCCUCCAUUGCCAAGGAAACUCCUAGAGGCUACAGUACCUUGGCACACCGGUCUCCUGCACUGCCCCCUCCCUCGGGAGCAGCUCCAGAGUGCCGAGCAGCGCUCCAUUUCCCUCGCCUUUUCUCUUUCAGAGUCAGCAGCCAACAAGUUGGCGACCUGACAUUUGCCAUUCCUGUCUGCCUCAUAGAUCAUCCCCUUUCCUUCCUCUCUGCCCGCCAAGUCCUUGUUCCUACAAAGAACCCACUGACACCUCGUGCCCUCUUCGGGGGCAGCCUGUUGAAACUGAAGCACAGCCUGACCACUCGCGAUCAAGCAGAUCUCUGCACCUGCCACAAGGUUUCAGGGUAGUGGAGUCCACGUAGAGGGUGGGGCGUCCUUUUCUCCUGCGGAAGUCAGCCAAGCAAUAUGAUACAGCCCAGCACUCUCUGCCCAGGACUCACGGCUCUGCUGUGCCUUCCAUCCUGGGCUCCCUUUUCUUCCAUGACCUUAAGAACUUUGUCUGGUGGCUUUGCUGGAACAUUGUCACUGUUUCCACUGUCACGUGGGACGCCCAGCACUGUGGCCAGGAUGGCAGAGACUUCCUUGUCAUCGUGGAGAAGUGCCAGCAGGGGCUGGGAAAAGCACUCUGCCCAGACCUCACCUCCCACCCUCCUUUUGCCCAUGAACAAGAUGCAGUGGCCCGAGGGGUUCCACUGGUGUCUGGUUUCCUUUCUUAUUGCACUGUGUGAGGUUUUUUUGUAAAUCCUUGUAUUCCUAUUUUUUUUAAUGAGAAAAAUUGAAGCUGCAUUUGUUACUGAAACGAUUAAUGCACUGAUGGGUCAUGCAUUCACCUUGAGAGAGACCCAAAGGCCAGUCGGAGGGUGGGGGAAACUCGGCUAACAGACCUAGUUACUGCCCUGCUAGGCCAUGCUGUACUGUGAGCCCCCCCCUCCUCCUCUUUCUACAACCCCGACCCCUGAGGACAGGGGAGGAACCCACCUUCCUCCUCCUCCCAGCUGCAGAAGGUUUGCCUUGCUUCCCACCCUCUGUCAACCACAGAAAGAGAAAUCCUUCUUUCAGCUCAGCCUUGAGUCCAUUGCCAAAACUCAGCAUACCUGCCAGCAACUUGGGGGAUGAGCCAGUCUCCCCACCAGGGGGACGGGGCGGCAGAACAAAGGGCACAGCUGUCUCCAAAACCUGUCUGACUUCAUUGUGAAAGUGACCAAGAGAACCUCCGCACAAAAGUGCAGCUUUGAGGACCUGCGUGGUGGGUCACUCCCGAGAAUCCCCCCAGGGGCGAUCCCCAUCCCCAGGAGUGACAGCUGCAGACCCCGGGUUCUCAGAGCCAGCUCACUAAGGCUUUGCUGCUAGAACCUGUUGUGGCUGCAUCUCCUGGUGGCCAGGACAACUGUGGAACCAGAGUAGCUGCAUGGCGCUGACCCUUUGGCCGGAACUUGGUCCCUGGACUCCUUCAUCGUUAUCCACCAUGUCCAGCACAACCCCUUCCCUGUUUUUAGACCAAUCACAAUUUAGGGGGAAGCCCUGGCACCUCUUAGGUUUUCAACCCAACCUCCUUUGCCAGGACCCAGCUCACCUCUAUCAACCCCCGGCCAAUCCAGUGAGCACCAUGCAGCAACCUUGAUUUAAAAAAAAAAAAAAAAAAAAAAAGACUAAAAAAAAUUUAAAAAACAAAAAACAACCUAAAAAUUAAAAAAAUACAACACACAUAUAAAAAAGACAAAAAAAAUAUUUUAAUGAAUGUAUCUUUCUAAAGGACUGACGCUCAAUCAAAUACCUGAAAAUACUAAAGGUCAGAGCCUCAUCAGAUGUUCACUUUUUUUGGAUUUGGGAUUCUUUUUCAUAGAAACCAAGUUGGGUUUUUGUUGUUGUUGUUGUUGUUUUUAAGGAAAAGCGGGUCAUUGCAAAGGGCUGGGUGUAAUUUUACGUUUCCUUUCCUUCGUUUUAAAGCAAUACAAAGUUAUUGAACAGAUAGUUUUGUGCCGAAUCAUGAAAAAUCAUGAAUACCAGUCAAGUCUCACACUCGGAAAACUUGCAACCUUUCUGUUUGUUUGUUUGUUUUGGUUUUCAAAUAAAUAUAAAUAUAUAUAUAUAUAGGAACUAAUAUAGGAAUGCACCAGUGUAACAAAGCCUCGUUCAGUCCCUGGCUUUUACUUCUCUUAACACUAUAGAUAAGGAUUGUGUCGCAGUUGCUAGUAGAGGCAGGGAAACAUCAGGUUCCUGGAGCCUCGGAGUCCACAAAGGGAUGACAGACGCCCGUCCCCAAGGUCAGAGUGCAAUGAGAGACGGAUCACCUGGGCUCUUCCUGCCGUGAACAUUGCCGGCCGGUACCUGUACUCCUCGUUUCUCUACUUUUGGUUAUGAAUGUUGGGGUUACCACCUGCAUUUAGGGGAAAUUGUGUUCUGUGCUUUCUGGUUUCUUGUUCUGAAGUACACUAGUUCUGUCUUUCAACCAAGAAAAUAGAUUUGUGGUGUUUCUUUUCCUGAACUUAACAGUCUCCUUAGCAAAUACAGGUAGUUGAAUAAUUGUUUCAAGAGCUGAACAGUGACAAGCUUCAUUUCUAGAAUUAAGACAUUUCUCAACAGCUGUAUCAUGUAAAAUGGAUCUUUUGGGGUUUUUUUGUUUUUUGUUUUGUUUCCCUUUUUUCCCUUGUGUUCUUCCAAGCUUCUGGUUAGAGAAAAAGCGGGGGUGGGGGAGGAAAAUGUGUCUAAAGUCCAUCAGUGUUAACUCCCUGAGACAGGGAUGAAGGAGAAUACUUUAAUAGUUCAAAAAAUAAUAAUGCUGAAAGCUCUCUACGAAAGACUGAAUGUAAAAGUAAAAAGUGUACAUAGUUGUAAAAACAAAAAAAGGAGUUUUUAAACAUGUUUAUUUUCUAUGCACUUUUUUUUAUUUAAGUGAUAGUUUAAUUAAUAAACAUGUCAAGUUUAUUGCUG